AUGCUCGUGGAAUUCGAAAGUGAAGCUGCAAAGUCCAAGUUCUUAGUGGACGGAAGGCAGAUCUGGAAACCUUGGUUCAAGACGAUGUAUAACUGGAAUCCAAAAGAAAAUUUUAACGUAAGAAUAGCUUCCAUAAUGAUUUUCGGAGUCCCUCAACAUGCAUGGUGUGAGGAAGCUUUCUUGGUCAUUGCAAGAAAAUGGGGCACUGUAAUAAUACCGGAGGAAUGUGCAACUGAUAAUCCAAAUAUGGCGUUUGGUCGGGUAGGGAUCCUAACAUCGCAUCCAAAUUUAAUCAACCAGUCAAUAACCAUCUCGGUGGAUGAAUCUCCUUUCUCCAUAACAGUUUUGGAAGACCUCCUUGAGUCUACAAGGCUAAGUCCGGCGGUUGCUAGCAAUGAGUUCGCCCUCAGUCCUAACUCAAGCCCUAAGUGGUUCGAGAACUAG